AUGAUUCAGGAAGAUUUCUUCAUGGCCUCCGUAGCAACGCCGUCAUACCAUUCAACAAAAGAGACAACUAAUUACGCCCGGUUAUGCAGGCUUCUGGUGGAUGCUGGCUCAGAUGCCUUAAGAGACGCCUUUGAUAAGAGCCGACCAACAGGAGACCUGAACUCAGUUUUGUCAAGUCCUCCAGUUCAUGCAGUUUUACAAUCACUUCGAAAGAAAAGAAUUCUUAAUCCUUCUCAAUGGGGAAAACUAUAUCCUGCCAUCAAAUCUGCAGUUUCAUCAAAGAAUUUCGAUAUCACUCUAUUGAUGGUUUUGCUGAGGAAUAUAUGCGGUCUUGUUCGUCCAGCUACCGGCUGGGAUACACUUCCUCCUGCAACAGACACAACCCUUGAGGCAGAUGUCGUUCGCAUCAAGUGCUACAGAAACACAGUUUAUGGUCAUGUCAGCCAGGCCUCAGUUGAUGAUCCAACAUUCAAUCAAUACUGGCAGGACAUCCAAGGCGCGUUGGUGAGACUGGGAGGAGCUAGUUACCAAAGUGCCAUUGAUGAUUUGAAAAAGGAAUGCAUAGACCCUGAUUUCGAAGAACACUACAGAGAGCUUCUUAAACAGUGGGUGAUGGAUGAAGUCAGCGUCAAGGAAAGAUUAGAUGAAAUAGAAGAAAAGUUGUCUCGCAAGCUGGAUGAUUGGAAAGAAUCCAUAGAAAAUCCAGAAAAGAAAACAGGAGUUGGAGGUAAAUAAUAAGCCAUUUUCGAUAUAUUAAAAAUUCUAACAUGACUCUAAGGCUAGGGGUAAUAAAAGAAAAGAAAUUAAUUAUUCACCUUCAACCUCGAUGUGAUUUCUUUCGUUUUAUUCCCCCAAGCCUCAGAGCCAAGUUUGAAUUUAAUAUUCAUAUCAAAGUUGACAAAGUUGUGAAACUUGGGGCAACUUUUUCUCCAUAAAAAGACAUCACAUGGGUCGGUUGCGUUUACCCAAGGCAGUUCGCAUGCCUUUCUACUCUUUUCUUAUAGCUUACAUUUAUCUAACAGCCACACAGGGUAAAUGUAUUGAAGACAGGCAGGUGGCUUGGGAUCAUUACUGUUAGGGGGGAGGGGGGGGGAAGAUACCAUUAUGUGCAUCCAGAGCCUCUCAUUAAAAUGGUGCAAAGUCGAAACUUAGUCAGUUUUCUCUGAAGAUAAGACAUGAAUAUUCAGUCCUUGGAAAGUAAAAUAGGACAUGUAAGCCAAAUAGUUGCCGAAAAGUAUUUUUAGAGUUUCUAUUUUGCUUAUCUCAGGGAAAACUUUUGGGAUUAAUUUUAACUUUCAACGAGAUAAUCUGUAAUUAAUUUCGAGAUAGCCAUGCAACAAUGAGAAUGAUGAACUACAUCACGCUUCUUUCGAAAUAAGUGGAUAUACAUUAAGUUACUUUUUCAAAGUUUAACCUUUGCAAUUCUUUCCGCAUCACUUUGCGUAAAAAAAAAUUGAGAAAUCAGACGGAAAAAAAAUACGCUAUUAAAGAAAAAAAGAAUUAAAAAAUCAUCGACAAAAAAUAAUGAACAUUAACUCCCCCAGGAAAGCGUGAGAUCAGCAGAACUUUCACACUUGAGUAAAAAAAUAACUUGAAAUUACAUUCGGUCAAAAAUUAAACUUGACGAAAGAAUUGAAUGCUUCUGAUCUGGUCUUAUUUUCAGCUGCAGCGGCAUACACAAACGCACUGAAAGCAUCAGUAAAAAGCCGAACUGAGUUUCAUACUUUACCUUCCCCCACCAUGAAGAAGGCCAGAACAGAUGACAUAUACACAAGUCUUCUCAUACAACACGGAAGAAAGCCAAUUGAAGACCUAGAUAUGAAAAGGAAAGAACGCUUACGCCAGUACGGUCGAGUGAGUGGAGAGCCCGUCAAACAUAAUCAAGAAAUUUUCAUUUGUGAUACCGAUAGUAACGUGGUAAAAAUUCCAAGGUCUGUCUUAGUUACUGGGAAGGCAGGGAUUGGUAAAACGCUGUUUUUCCAAAAGUUUAUUCGAGAUUGGGCCAACAACAUGUUGUUUGAAACACAAGCAAACUUGCAGCUGCCGGAUUUGAAGUUCGCAUAUUUGCUGACUUUCCGCCAGUUGAAUUCACUUGGAGAUGACCGCGUUACUUUGAGGGAUAUCUUAAACAGAUCUUCAGUCCUGGAUGAACACUCAAAUAUCGAAGACUCUGUAUUUGAGUACAUUCUUGAUCAUUCAGAAGAAGUUUUGAUCCUCAUUGACGGUUAUGAUGAGUAUUCGAAGAGAAAUUUCAUCGAGAGUGAUUGGGAUGACCGUUACCCGAAUAGCGCUCAUGAGGAAAUGCCAGUAGCAGCCCUGUGUGCCAAGCUGAUCAAAGGAAAACUCUUGAGAGAUUCCGUUGUCAUGAUAACUUCAAGGCCCGAUGAAUCUGAUGAAAUGACAAGUAGAAUUGGCUUUGAUCGGUACGUUGAAAUUACAGGAUUUACCGAAGAACAGGUGAAGAAAUACGUAGAGAAGUAUUUCAACGAAAAGGAAGUCAUGAAGAAUGCUGUAAUGGAUCACAUUACAAAGAAUGACAAUCUUGUCAGCUUCGCCCACAUUCCAGUUGUCUGUUUUUUGAUGUGCUCUUAUUUUGAAUACCUCCUAAAUGAACCAGUAAACACUGACGUCCUCCCGGUCAACACAAGUGAAAUCUAUUUUGAGGUUGUGAACAUGUUUCUAGGAAAACAUGAUAAGGAGUCCGCAGUCUCUUCCGAAGAUACUCUGGACAAAAUGUCAGAGUUUGCGGCUCAUUUGCUUCAAGAGAGGAAGUUUAUUUUCGCUUUAAAAGAUAUGAAAAGGUUUACUUUAGAAGAAGUUAAAAGCCUAAGAGCCAACGGUCUUCUUCACUGUGGUCCUCCUUUCAGAAAAUCUUACACUGAAACGACGAAAUAUUUUUGUUUCACACAUUUCACUCUCCAAGAGUAUUUGGCAGCUCGUUGGUUUGUGAAGAGAAAACAGAUCCCCUCACACAGAGACAAUGUGUCAGAAAUGAUAUUUCAGUUUAUGUCUGGUAUUUUAUCAAAGCAAAAGGACGAAUUCUUUAUGAGAGCGUUACUUGAAAGACUCGAUUGGAUGUACAGCAUUAGGGUUGGAGUACUGCCAAAACUGCCAAAACUGCUAAAACUGCAGCGCAUCAUGGAGUACCAAGAGAAGAAUUUCGCCCAAAGAAUUGUAAAGGAACGUUUCCAUCAAUUUUGUGAUCGUGAUGGAGUUAUUGAAUUUGAAAAGCUGGCCGGUGCGGAUUGCACUGCUGUAGCGUUUUUGUUAGAUGUCAUUAGGACAUUGAAUGCAGAUAAAAUCACUGGGGAGAAACAAGGACCCCUUCAACAGUCGUCUGUGGCGCUGGCUAAAACAUUGACGCUCUGGAAAUGUCAUCUUUCAGAGACUGGGUUAAGAGUAGUCUACAAGGCGUUGGAGAAAAAGCACAGCCCUGUUACCGAACUGUACCUGUAUGACUGUGUAUUGCAGGAAAAAUGUGUUAAUUUACUUGGGGAAUCGUUGCUAGUAUCUAAAUUAAAUGAACUGGGUCUGGUAGAAGCGCUGAUCACCGAUGCCGAUGUUGUCAGUCUAUGUCAAGCAUUGAAGACACCAACAUGUAAAGUCGCCACACUGAAUCUGUUUCGUAAUCAGAUCACCGAUGUCGGUGUUGCCAGUAUAUGUCAACCACUACAGACACCAACAUGCAAAGUCACCACACUGAAUCUCGGUCUUAAUCAGAUCACCGAUGCCGGUGUUGCCAGUCUAUGUCAAGCAUUACAGACACCGACAUGUAAAGUCACCACACUUGACCUGUGUCAGAAUCAGAUCACCGAUGUUGGUGUUGUCAGUCUAUGUCAAGCAUUACAGACACCAACAUGUAAAGUCACCACACUUGACCUGUGUCAUAAUCAGAUCACCGAUGCUGGUGUUGUCAGUCUAUGUCAAGCAUUGCAGACACCAACGUGUAAACUCACCACACUACAAUUGAGUCAUAAUCGGAUCACCGAUGCCGGUGUUGUCAGUCUAUGUCAAGUAUUACAAACACCAACAUGUAAACUCACCAAACUUGAUCUGGGUUAUAAUCAGAUCACCGCUGCUGGUAUUAACAAUCUUUUCCAAGCAUUUCAGAUACCAACAUGUAAAGUAACGGAAUUACGUCCAGGUCAUAAUCAGUUCAUUCGUGAGAGCCAAUCAUGGAUUACUGAUGUUCAACUAGACAGUCGUUGA